CCCCUGCUCCUCUACGCGCCCGUGGGACUCUGCCUGCUCGUCCUGCGCCUCUUCAUCGGCGUGCACGUCUUCCUGGUCAGCUGUGCCCUGCCCGACAGCCUGCUGCGGCGGCUCAUCGUGCGGGUGAUGUGCUCGGUGCUGGGGCUGUUUGUGCGGGAGAGCGACCCCCGGCUGCGCGAGGGCAGCGUCCGUGUCUUCAUCUCCAACCACCUCACACACUUUGACCACAACAUCAUCAGCCUCCUGACCUCCUGUAACACACCUGCCCUGAACAGCGCCCCUGGCUUCAUCUGCUGGUCACGGGGAUUCAUGGAGCUGGGAGUGACUGGGAGCCGAGCAGAGCUGGUGGAUUCCCUGAAGGCCUAUUCGUCCCACAGGGGAAACCCCCCCUUGCUGCUGUUCCCCGAGGAGGCAGCCACCAAUGGCCGGGCGGGAUUGCUGCGCUUCAGCUCAUGGCCCUUCUCCAUCGUGGACAUGGUCCAGCCGGUUGCCCUACAGGUUCAAAGGCCGCUGGUCACUGUGAGUGUGGCUGACUCCUCCUGGAUCACAGAGCUCCUCUGGACCUUCUUCGUUCCCUUCACAGUUUAUCAAGUAAGGUGGCUGCCCUCUGUCCCCAGGCACGUGGAAGAGCCAAGCGAGGAUUUUGCGCUCCGAGUUCAGGAGCUCUUGGCCAUGGAGCUGGGUGUGGUAUCCACACGGCUCACUGCAGCAGAUAAAACUGAGCACAUGAAGAGGCUGAGACACACGUCGCCCUCCCGCCAGCCCCAGGCAGCCAGGCCCAGGACGCCCUCCCACCCGGCUGGCGCCGCUCCCGAGGAUGUGUGGAUCACGGCCAUGGUUCAGCAGGUCAAGGAGGUGCUGCCCUACGUGCCUCUGGAGGCUAUCAGGAUGGACCUGGCCCAAACCAACUGUGUGGAUACCACCAUUGCCAACUUGCUGGAGGGGAGAGUUCCCUACUUCCCUGAAAGCAAUGAGGCUGGUACUGACUCGCUCGCCCCGUCUACCUCCCAGGCUGCAGCUGCUGCUGGUGUCCAGGGCUCCGUGGCUGUGCCUUCUUCCAAGCCAGCUACAAAGCAGUUUGCAAAGUCCCCUGUGGAGCGGCACCUGUCCUUGCAGGAGCGGAAACGAGCGUUGUACGACUAUGCCAGGAGGGCCCUGCUCGCACUGAGCUCUGCGGCCUGGGAUGUGGAUGGAGCCAGCCUGGCAAGCGAGCAGCCUGGGGAGGGUGAGCUGCUCCCCCCACACAGCCAGCCCCAGCCGGGCUGCCCCCCUCCCUGCCAGCGGGACCUGCCAGAGGAAGCCAAGUGGAGGGAACAACGCUUGACAGCGCCCCUGGGCUGGGCGCGCCGCUCCCAGCACCUGUCUCCAAAGGAGUUUGCCUUUGUGUGCUCCCCCCAGCCGGUGCGGUGGAGCCUGCAGGGAGGUGCAGUGGGGAGAAAGAAGAGACUCUUCAGUUCAGAGCUGCUGCUGCUCUUCAUCCCCUCACUGCUGCUUAGCCACCUGCUGACCCUGGGACUGGGGAUCUACAUUGGGAAGCGGCUGGCGGCCUCCUCGGCAAACCCGCUGUGA